GUGAAGAAGAAGCUGAAAGUGUGUUUAAUUACAGAUUUGCACAGCCAUUAUCAGUAUUAUCGAAUGCCAAAGUACAAAGGAAUAGACCAAUUAAAGGAAUUCAAAUUCAUUUACAUGUUUAUCAAGAAUCUACAAAUUAUAAGGAUAAGUAUGUUGUUGUUAUUGAAUAUGGAAACAGAACUAAAAUUAAGGAUAUUGAUGCUGUGAUUUAUGCUACCAAAUAUCAAAUUGAAUUCCUAUUUUUAGAUAGGGACAUUGAUCUUGACACCUAA